GUCUGAUGAAGAUUGGCAUUCAGACUGCGAGAAAGAGGACCGCAGUGUAUCGGGUGGAGCUGACUGGAACAUUUAAAUGCUCUAAUGCUGAGGACAAAAUAUCUGGUCUCCAUGUGAAGCUCUCCCAUGAUGCAACAUGUGCCUCCAGCACCAGCACUGACAAUGAUGGCCACACAGAGUGUCCCUCCACCGUCCUAUCAAGAGAGCCAACAGAUGACAGGCACCACGCAGCAGAACUCGAAGGCCCAGCAGGUCCACAUCUCAGCGUCAUCCACAGCCGGGGCCACUCCGGUCAGUGUGACCCUCGACCCACAGGCCCAGCUGGAGUCAGACAAACGGGCCGUUUACAGGCACCCCCUGUUCCCUCUGCUGGCUCUGCUGUUCGAGAAGUGUGAGCAGGCCACGCAAGGCUCCGAGUGCAUCACCUCGGCCAGCUUUGACGUGGACAUCGAAAACUUUGUGCACCAGCAGGAGCAGGACCACAAGCCUUUCUUCAGUGAGGACCCCGAACUGGACAACCUGAUGGUGAAGGCAAUUCAGGUGUUGCGGAUCCACCUGCUGGAGCUGGAGAAGGUGAACGAGCUCUGUAAAGACUUCUGUAACCGCUACAUUACCUGUCUGAAGACGAAGAUGCACAGUGACAAUCUGCUACGCAAUGACCUGGGUGGGCCGUAUUCGCCAACACACACAAACCUACCGCAGGAUCUUCUUCAGAACUCCUCUCCUUCACUCGCUAACGUGUCCAGCUCGGUUAACCCCUCAGGCAUCGUGGUCCCUGCCGGCUCUCUGCCUCAGAGCAACGUCACCAUGACCACCAUUAACUCACAGGUGGUGUCAGGUGGGACCCUGUAUCAGCCCGUUGCUAUGGUGACCUCUCAGGGGCAGGUGUUAACCCAGACUCUACCGCAGGGGACCAUCCAGAUCCAGAACACACAGGUGAAUCUGGAUCUCUCCUCCCUCUUGGACAGCGAUGACAAGAAGUCGAAGAACAAGCGAGGCGUUCUCCCCAAACACGCCACCAACAUCAUGCGCUCCUGGCUCUUCCAGCACCUCAUGCACCCGUACCCCACAGAAGAUGAGAAAAGACAGAUCGCUGCACAAACAAACCUCACCUUAUUGCAAGUGAACAACUGGUUUAUCAAUGCUCGCAGGCGUAUUCUGCAGCCCAUGCUCGACGCCAGUAACCCUGACCCCGCCCCCAAAGCCAAGAAGAUGAAGUCGCAGCACAGACCCACGCAGCGCUUCUGGCCAGACUCCAUCGUGGCUGGAGUGCUGCAGACACACGGCCCGCACUCCGCCAACAACUCAGACAGCUCUUUGGGCAUGGACAGCCUGCAGCCGCUCUCCUCCGACUCGGCCACCCUGGCCAUGCAGCAGGCAAUGCUGGCCGGGGCCGACGACUCCAUGGACGGCACGGAAGACGAUGAGGAAGAAGAGGAAGAGGAGGAAGAAGGGAUGGAGGAGGAGGAAGAGGAAGAGGAGGAGGAGGAAAGCGAGGGAGGGAGGCAGCUGUCUGGCAGAAGAGAUAUGCACCUCGAUCACAGCGAGGUGCUGGAGUAACAUGCAGGAAAUGACAUCAGUGCCCUGACACACAGUCAUGGCACAUUAUUUAAACGAUGCCCCCAGAGGUUUCCACCGGACACUUAAGUGCUUUGGAACAUCCAGUUGGACGGGGAGGUUCCCAUAAAAAGAAAUGGGCUGUGAAUUCCACACUGUAAGAAUGAUUUGGUGUUAAAAUGGUAAACAUUUUACUGGAGGGCAGCAUUUAUAAGGCUACAUGACACCUGCAUAAGCCUUUCAUGACAAUUGACAUAAACCUACAUAAAAUUUGAUAAAGGCUUUUUCAGCGAGCAUCAGUUAAAGGCUACUUUGUUUGUUUUUUUUUACGUUAUUUCACCUCAGAAAUGUGUUGGAAUAAGCCUUUAUAAAGUUUAAUGUACUGUUAUGUGCUAAUGUUGGUCAUCUUGUUUUAAUAAUAAGUUCUUGUUUUAAUGAUAAGUUCACUUCAAAAAUCAACACGGCAUGCAAUUUGAGCCAAAAUAUUCAUAAAUGACUAUGUACAUAAUGGAUGUUAUGGAUAUGAAAGGCUUAUGUAUAUGUCAUGAAGUCUUAUGAAUGCUGCCCUUUUAUAAACUGUCACCUAGUAAGUUAACCAGGCUGCCUCAGAAUGUAGAAUGUAUGAAACAAAUAAUAAUUCAAUAGAAUAAUAAAUAAUAAUUCUUCUAAAUAAGUAGUUAAUAUCGUAAAUAAUAAGUUAAUAAGAGAUUGUUUUGUACACUUAUGGCUUGAUGUUCACUCUACUUUUGAAGGCAGUCUCGUUUCUCACUGUUUUAACAAAUCUUUUUUACGGUGCUGUAAUUUCUCCGUAAUUUUACAGAGCUGAUGAAUGCGCUCAAAUUAAACAUGCAAAACUUUUAACUAUCGGGCCUUGGGAGAUUAAAGAGAAGCUUCAGUUAUAUUAACGAAACCCGCCGUCUAAGUCUAUCCUGAUACAUUCUCAUGCCUUUUUUUCUGUCCCCAAAUUGUUCUUAUUGGUCUUGGUUCUCAGGUGAAACCCACACAGCAUGAGAUCAUUUUUACGAAACCGUCCAAGGUGACUCUUUUUUGUUUGUUUGUUUGUUUGUUUUUUGGGCAUGCAUUUUCAGAGCAAACAAACUUAUUCAAAAAAAAAAAAAACAGAGACCAGACAGCACAAAGUGUACCCCUUAGACUAUGAUGCAUCCCCCUAGUUGCUUGAUAUUUAUGUUUUUACGUUUUCAACUGCGCUACUUCUUAGAAGACUCUUAUUUGCCUGGAACUCUCAGGUGAUGCAAUCCUGAAUGACUCCAAAGGCUGCCUGCCUCAGACUUUCAGCGGGCUUACUUUGCUCCUGCUCAUGACAAGGAAAAAAAAACAGACAAAUAAAUAAAUAAAAGGGAAAUGUGGGCGGAGCCAACCUGGCACAUGAAGCAUCUCACUCGCGGAAGAAAAUAAAACGGUGGCUCCUUCCAGACCACAGACUUCCUCACGAUGUUUACUGCAGGAACAAUGGAAAACACAGUGCAUUGGGUCUGCCUGAUUCAGAGGUGGACAGCAGUAGCACAGGAAUGAAAUACAUCAACACCGUUGCAGUCUUUCGGUUUACCUUCUUUUGGAAAUAACUGUGGUGCUGUGAUGUAUUUUUAUUUUCGUCUCACGUGCAGCCGGUACACGCGUUUAAAUCAGGCAAAACCAAUGCACUGCUUGCUUUUAAGUGAAUGAACAUGAGCGACUUUGCAGAACAUUUCAGCUGCUGGAACCCCCCCUGUCUACUUUCGUGAAGGACAGAAGCUGUGAAGAUAUUCCCGAGCUUUUUACUUUUUUUUUUGUGCUUAAUCUCCAAAACUAAAGCACCUGUUUCUGAUGUGAUGUCUAGAGCUGAACGAAGCUGUUCUUGGAUGUUAUUGGAGUUGGUCUUUGUGAAGUAUAUGUUUCUCAUUAUCCUUUUUCUUGGUCUUUUUUGUUUUUUAAAUGGAUCUUCCAGAGCAAGUGGUGAUAGGGGAGCUUUUUAUUUUGUUUGUACACAUCGUUGUCAUAAUCUAUUGUGUUUCAAUAGACCAUUUUUGAUAAUUAAAAGAGAUGAUUUUAGUGGAUGCUGAA